AUUUCUUAGGGUGGUAAUGGAAUAUCUGACAAUAUGGGAAGUUCAAGGCAAAAAGUUCCUCUUCUACAAUUUACUACCGACAUAAAUCCGGCUAUUUUUUCUGGUCCAAUUCCUCUUCCUCUGAAUCCUUCAUCUAAUAGAAAUCAGUUUGGUGGAAAUUUUCGAAAUGAUAACUAUGGUGGUGGCUCAGAAAACUCUCAUGAACGUAAAUUCAGUCGCAGAGAUUCAUAUGGAUAUAAUGAUGAAGAAGAGAGGAGACCAAGACGUCAUGAAAGAGAUCGUUAUGACAGAGAUAGAGAUUACGAUAGAGGUCGAGAUCGUAGUCGUGAGAGGGAUAGGGGUCGGGAUCGCGUUCGGGAGCGAUCUUAUGAUCGAGAUGAAGAUAGAAGAGAUCGAGACCGAGACAGAAUGAUGUCACGAGAACGUGAUUGGAGGGAAGAGAUUCCUAAUAAUACUCUGAUGGUACGAGGAUUAGAUGUUAGUGUAACAGAAUCAGAAGUAAGUGAUUGA